CUUCCCGGGGGAAUGUCGCCUGGGCUCCGCCCUGCCCGUCCCUCUCCCUUUCCCCCCUCCCCCCCAAUCGCGUGUUCCGGGGGACAAGAGGCCUCUCGCCUGGGGUUGGGUCUUAGCAAGGCCGCGGAACAGCGACUGGGGGGGGGGGCGGUCAGGGGCUGGGCGCGGCGACCUUGGGAAGGCGCCAGAGGAGCGAGCCCAGGAAAGCGGGGACCCAGGCAUGGCGGUCAGGCCGUCCGGAGAGCGCGGAGGGUAACGACCCGCGGACAACCCCGCGCAGACGGAGCCCGCGGCCGCCAUCUACUUCCGGGAUUUAAAAUAGGUUCCCGGAAGCCAGCCCGGCGUCCCCAUGACAACCGACGUUGGGUCUCUGAGGCCCUUGUCUCAGCCAGGGAGACAGCGCUGCUCCUGAGGAACUAGCGCUCCGCCCUCGGUGCCGGGGAGGAAGCCGGGAGCCGUGUUCGGGACAACUGUGGGAUGUGCCCCGCUGGGCCCGGUAAGGCGGAAGGAAGAUGCUGCAGACCAGUAACUACAGCCUGGUGCUCUCCCUGCAGUUCCUGCUGCUGUCCUACGACCUCUUCGUCAACUCCUUCUCGGAGCUGCUCCGAAAGGCCCCGGUCAUCCAGCUGGUGCUCUUCAUCAUCCAGGACAUCGCCAUCCUCUUCAACAUCAUCAUCAUUUUCCUCAUGUUCUUCAACACCUUCGUCUUCCAGGCUGGCUUGGUCAACCUCCUCUUCCAUAAGUUCAAAGGGACCAUCGUCCUCACGGCUGUGUACUUCGCGCUCAGCAUCUCUUUUCACGUCUGGGUCAUGAACUUACGCUGGCAGAAUUCCAACCGCUUUGUCUGGACGGACGGACUUCACACGCUGUUUGUAUUCCAGAGACUGGCUUCUUUUCUCCUCGCCCGCAGCGGCCGUGCUAUACUGUUACUUCUACAAACGGACCGCGGUGAGACUGGGCGAUCCUCGCUUCUACCAGGACUCACUGUGGCUGCGCAAUGAGUUCACGCAAGUGCAGAGGUGACCGCUUCUCGUCGCUCUGAUGGACGCCUUCCCUUCCUGACAGAGGCUACGUUUGUGGUUCUUUGUGACUUGGGGGGAGGGGGGGUUGGCCCUGUGCACAGGAAGUAGCCUGACUUUCCUAGGACAGGCGUGGGCCACUUGUGUUCAGCAGUCAGGAAGAUCUCCCUCCUGCACACGGAAGUGUUUCCCAGUACAGAUUCCAGAACAGAACCACCUUGUCCUCCUACCUCAGUUCCCUUUUCUCCCCUCAACCCCUCUCUUCGUCCCAGAAGGCCGUGCGGCUUCAUCCCUGGCGAGCUGUCACCUUCCUGGGUACAGGUGGGGCUCCCGGCACCCACCUUCUUUGCCCCAAACGCUAAUUAACGACUGAAGGAUGCAAAGAGUGUCAUUUCUGAGCUCCUGACUGAUCACACCGUAGAUGUUUAGAUUUUAUACCCUAGGCGCUUUUUUUUUUUUACAUUCUACAAAUAGGAAAUAAAUUGAAUUCUCUUUCCAUAAAUGGCAGAGUCUGUCUGUCUGGCUAGAUCUCCUCGCAGGUAAGAGGCACGUCCAGGCCUAGCCUAGCAUCUUCUUGACCCAGUGGGCAGCUUGAGCCAAAGAACAAAUACAGAUGUUUUAUUGAGGGCCAUUGUGAGUGCAAGCUAUUUCUGUAACAAUUCAAGGUGUCACCUGACGCCCCACCCCGACGCUUACAGGAGUUCCAGACUCCUCCGUACAUUAUCAGACUCUCCCUGCCGUUAGGACCCUAAACUGCUCUCAGAAGAAUAAAACCGUUCCUUAGCC